AGCAGCAGCAGCAGGAGGAGGCGGGGCGAAGCCACAUCUGGAUGAAAAACAUCUGGAGUCCCUCUGCCCUCCGCUGGAACCGGGACUCAACACCGACUCACCGACGCAACGACUGACCGAGCGCCGCUGUCUUCCUCCGGCUUCACCCCCGAUGAUGGCUCGGUGCUUCUGGACCGGGACCCUCGUCCUGCUCGCAGCCGGUCUUCUAGUUGUCGUCGAGUCUUUCAGCCACCUGAGCUUCAACUUGUGUAAAUGGUGUGAAGUUUCCAGUCCGGUGUGUAAAGACAACAUCUGCCUCAGUAACUGCACUCUGUCGUCCUUCUGCACCGUCAUUGAGGAGAUCUGCAUCGCAAUAUGGAGGAAAACCAACGACACGAUGACGGUGCAUACGAUGUGUCACCACCCGUCUCUGCCUCUGGAGGGCGUUGAUCCUGGACUGCUGCUGAACUUCACCACCAGGGAAUGUCACAUGGUCCAGCAGCCAGCCGAGGAGGGGGCCAUGAUGGUCUGCGGCUGCCACGGCGAGCACGAAUGUAAUGACAAACUCAUCUUUGAAAAGGGAGCCAACGGAUUCUCCAGGCUGCACAGUAAAGAUGUCAUCCCAGUGGUGGUGGUUAGUCUGGUACCUCCUGUCCUGGUUGCUCUGGUCGCCACCGCCGCCUUCUACUUCUACCGCAUACGGCGCCCUGACAAACCGGGCCCUCCUGCACGCCCCGACUGGCCGACCAAACGCACCCCGGAGCUCUACCAGGCUUUGGACCUGCAGGGUGGAGGCGCUCAGAAGGAACAUGGAGGUCUGAUGGGUCCUGGUGCUGGCGACGAGUACAAUGCCAAGUUACCGUCUUCUCACGAUGACACCAUCAGCGAUGUGACGGACUGGCAGGGCCAACCGGCCGAACUGCUGCCCAUCAAGCUGGAGGUUCUGGUGGGGAAGGGGCGCUUCGCUGAGGUGUGGAAGGGUCGGCUGCUGGAGGCCGAGAGGGGCGGAGUCAGCAGCUAUGACACCGUGGCGGUGAAGGUGUUUCCGGCCGUGGAGUACGCCUCCUGGAGGAACGAGUGCUCCAUCUUCUCCGACCCGGAGCUGCAGCAUGAAAACGUGGUUCAGUUCCUGGCGGCUGAGGAAAGGGGUUCGCCAGGCCACGGCCUCCGGUCCUACUGGCUGGUUCUGGCCUAUCACAGCCUUGGAAACCUGCAGAGCUUCCUCACCGCGAACAUACUGAGCUGGGAGGAGCUUGUUGCCAUGGCAGGCAGCAUUGCUAAAGGAUUAGCGCACCUCCACAGCGACACGACGCCCAGUGGGGCACCGAAGGUUCCCGUUGCCCAUCGGGACUUAAAAGGCAGCAACAUCAUGGUGAAGAGCAGAAACGAGUGUGCACUGUGUGACUUCGGUCUAGCGUUAAGACUGGAUCUUUCCCUGACAGUCGACGACUACGCCCACAGUGGACAGGUGGGGACGGCUCGCUACAUGGCUCCUGAGGUGCUGGAGUCCAGGGUGAACCUGGAGGACCUGGAGGCCUUCAAACAGAUGGAUGUUUACUCCAUGGCUCUGGUCCUGUGGGAGAUGGCGUCCCGCUGCCACGCCAUCGGAGAGGUGAAGAGCUACGAGCCGGCGUUUGGCUCUAAGGUUUGUGAACAGCCCUGUGUGGACAGCAUGAGGGACCUGGUGUUGAGGGACCGAGGACGACCGGAUAUCCCCCCGACAUGGACACAGCAUCAGGGGAUGAACGUCUUCUGCUCCACCAUCACUGAGUGUUGGGAUCACGAUCCUGAGGCCAGACUGACGGCUCACUGUGUGGUGGAGAGACUCAACGCCCUGCAGCAGAUCGAGGAGGAAGAGCAGGAGGAAGAGGAGGCCAGGGAGGAGGAGGGAGGACCAGAAACUUUAUUUUGCAGUAAUCCGACAGUGUGAACACAGCCGACAGAGAGAUUAUUAUGAAGCUAGAUGUUUUCUCUUUGGUGCCUCCUGGAUUUUAAAGGGACUGAAACAAACCAAAGACUGAACUUGUGCCUUAAACAACCGACUCAGACGACGUUGUGACGCCUGAAGUCUUCUCAAAGUCACUGAUCUGCUGGCAGAGAAGCAGUUUGUUUUAUGAAAAUGACCCAUUUUGUCGGAGCUGGUCUCCUUUUUUGUUGUGGUGUUUGAAUAGCAACUGUGAUUAUCUUUCCUAUAACCUACAUGUAUGAAUAAACAGGAGAGAGUCUUUCCUGCCCUGUGGAUGGUGUUUGUCUGUUUAAAAUGCAAUAAAUCGGAUUUAAUGACUCUAAA